AUGUCUACAGGUCAUCCGUAUCGCAGCCUUCGAGUACCUGAUAAAGUACCAUUCGAGCUAAGACCCUCGCCAGGCAAAGGAUGGGGUGCCUUCGCGACAAGACGCAUUGCUCGAGGAUCCCGAAUUUUGAGCGAAAAACCAAUCUUCAUUAUCAGGAGGCCACAUACAGAAAUCACGGAUGAUCAUGUUACCAUAGCCUUUAAAAAAUUGUUGCCCAAGCAGAAAGCCCAGUUCUUACUCCUUCACGACAACGGGGCAAAACGUUUUACAAGUAUGAAUGAAGCCUUCGCUGAGAACUCGUUCAACAUCGCAAAUUCAGACCGCAACGAGCCUGAAGCUCACGGCCUAUUCCCCCUCCACUCGCGCUUCAACCAUUCUUGUAUCCCUAACGCGAAGAUUCCGAAUGUCACUGGAGAGGUGAUUUCAAGCUUCGCGACUAAGGACAUCCACGCUGGCGAGGAAAUCAAUUUCUGUUAUAAUACGGAUUUCGAAUGCAGGACGAGAUAUGAGCGUCAUCAAGCCCUAAGGUUUACCUGCCAGUGCAUGGCGUGUCUACCUGGCACUUCCUUCCGGAGACUGAGUGACAUCCGGCGACGCUUGAUUCGAGGGCUCCAGUACCUUACCCGUGGCGUGGACUUGGAUAGGAAUGGGCAGAAACAAACUUCGCAUCCUAUUAUUGUCGACUCUAAACUGAGGAUGAUGGCAGAAACUUUCAGCAUACCUCUUUCGUCUAGGUGGAUUUAUGCCCUCCUGACAAUCUUCUUUCUCGAAGAGGAGGGAUUGCUAGAUGAUUUUAUGGAGGCAAGGCUACGACCGAGCUUAACCAAAACGGUGCAAUUUUUCAAGUCAGAAAGCAAUCAAAGUAUUGUUAGGAAAGCUAUGCAACAGAAUACCUGGCUAAAGAAAUUGCAAGUGGGAUUCAAACUAUAUGGCCGAGAAGAUGCUGUCGACUAUGAACUUACCCUAGCUCUACGACGAUUGCGCUGA